AUGCAUCUCAUCCUCACCGGAGCCACAGGCCUCGUCGGCUCAUCCGUCCUAGACGCCAUGAUCCGCGCCAAAGACAUCACAAAAAUCUCCAUCCUCACCCGCAAACCCGUCCCCAUGGCCCAAGACGCCAAAGAUCCACGCAUCAACGUCAUCAUCCACAACGACUUUGAAACCUACGACUCCAAAGUCCUAGACCAGCUCAAAGACGCAGACGGCUGCGUCUGGGCCCUGGGUAUCAGCCAAACCAAAGUCGGCAAGGAGGAAUACGUCAAAAUCACAAAAGACUACACACUAGCUGCCGCCAAGUCAUUCGCCACACUCUCGCCAUCGUCUUCAAAACCCUUUCGAUUCAUCUACGUGUCCGGGGAGGGCGCUACACAGACACCCGGACGGUUCUCUGCCAUUUUCGCACGCGUCAAGGGCGAGACGGAACAGGCGCUUGCUGAUAUGACGGCCAGCACGCCUGGUUUGCAGGCCGACUCUGUUCGUCCUGGCUUUGUGGAUGCCUCGAAGCAUACUGCUGUUCAUGGGUAUAUUCCUGAUCCUGGGAUGUUGUACAAGGCUGGGGUGGUGGUUCUUGGACCGGCUAUUAGGAUGGGCUAUAGGAGUGCACAUUCGCCUACUGAGGUUCUGGGCAAUUUCAUGACACAGAUGGCUAUGGGGAAGAUGGAUGGCAAGUUGGAGGGUUCGGGGGCGUUCAAGUUGGGUCCGUCGUGGGUGGUUGAGAAUGUUGGCUUUAGGAGGAUUAUGGGUCUUUGA